UUAGUUUACAGAGAAGUGGAGAUCUAAACCGGAAGAAGAAGGAGCAGGAUUCGGUCUUGUCUCUUCGAUUCUUAGUAUGGCUUCAGAGAAAAAGGCUUCCUUAUCAAAUGCCGGGGUGUGGGCGAUGAACGUAAUUAGCUCUGUGGGAAUCAUCAUGGUUAACAAGCAAGUUAUGUCUGGAUACAACUUUAGAUUUGCCACUACAUUAACUGGUCUCCACUUCCUUGUGACUGCUCUGGUGGGGUUCAUCUCACAGACACUAGGAUAUUCAUCAUCAAAUAAACAAAUUCCCUUCUGGGAACUCUUUUGGUUUUCUAUAGUUGGAAACAUGUCAAUAGUAGGAAUGAAUCUGAGCCUCAUGUUGAACUCCGUGGGAUUCUAUCAGAUUUCAAAACUAAGUAUGAUACCAGUUGUUUGUGUGAUGGAAUGGAUUCUUCACAGUAAACAAUACUCUAAAGAAGUCAAGACAACCGUAUUUCUCGUGAUAAUGGGAGUAGCAGUUUGUACGGUCACAGAUGUUAAAGUAAACGCCAAAGGAUUUAUAGCAGCUAUAGUAGCUGUUUUUUCUUCAUCACUUCAGCAAAUAUCCAUCGGAUCGCUGCAUCAAAAGCACAAUAUUGGGUCAUUUGAUCUUCUCAGCAAAACUGCUCCUAUUCAGUCUGCCUUACUAUUGUUGCCGGGUCCAGUUAUUGACUAUUGUCUGAAUGGAUACAACUUGUUGGAAUAUAAAUUCUCCUAUGGUGCAACUCUUUUCAUUACACUUUCUUGUGGGUUAGCAGUCUUUUGCAACCUGAGCCAAUAUCUUUGUAUUGGGCGCUUCUCAGCUGUUUCUUUCCAAGUUCUGGGCCACAUGAAGACAGUAUGUGUACUUAUUUUAGGUUGGAUAUUAUUUGAUUCAGAAUUGACUCUGAAGAAUUUAAUUGGAAUCGCUAUUGCUGUGGGAGGUAUGAUAAUGUAUAACUGGGCAAUGGAGAACUCGAAGCAGUGUGGCUCAAAACUUAUGCCCAUUGUAACCGCAGAAGGAAAUGAUUUUGAUGAUGAGAAAGAAAGCAUGUUGAAGAGUGGGUUUCAACUGCAGCCUGUCAUCGACAUUGAUUUUGGAGAGGAAACAAAAUUAGACGUUAGUAGUAGCCCUCGAUAUUAGAAGUAAUUUCAAAAGAAAUAACAUUGAGCUAUAAUUAACAAUCAAAAUAGCUAAAUUCGUGUAUUAUAUAUUUUUUUUUUGGGGGGGUACAUUUUGGUUUGAAACUUGAAAAAGUCCAAUUUAUUUACUAUUAUUUUAUUAUGAUUAUUCUCUAAUUCACGUUGUGAUAUUAGAAACAUG